AUGUGCGACACUUGGACCAAGGGUCGCAAUGUGAUCAUUGAGCAGGCGUACGGUGGACCAAAAAUCACUAAGGGUGCGUGUUCCGUGGUUCUGGGAGAGGCAGCUUGUUUGCUGACGAGGGUCUGGUUGUUGGUAGACGGUGUGAUGGUUGCAAAGUCUAUAACUCUCAAAGACAAGUUUGAGAACCUGGGCGCUCGCCUGAUUCAAGAUGUUGCAUUGAAAACAAACAAGAUUGCUGGAGACGGCACGACAACCGCCACUGUUCUUGCGCGUGCCAUCUACUCAGAAGGUGUCAAGAACGUUGCAGCUGGAUGCAACUCCAUGGACCUGCGCCGUGGGUCUCAGGCCGCCGUCGACCGCGUUGUCUCUUUCCUCUCUGCACACGCCAAAACUAUCAUGACAACCGCCGAAAUUGCACAGGUAGCCACUAUUUCCGCAAACGGUGACGCCCACGUUAGAGGAUUGAUUGCUCAGGCGAUGGAGAAGGUCGGAAAGGAGGGAAAGACGAUUGAGGACGAAAUUGAGAUCACCGAGGGUAUGUGCUUCGACCGUGGUUACAUUUCACUCUACUUCAUCACCAACACCAAGUCCCAACGCGUCGAGUUCGAGAAGCCCUUCAUCCUGCUUUCUGAGAAGAAGUUCCUCCUUGCGGUGCUCAAGUCACAGUCCUUACAGGGAUACACCACCAUGUCCUUGUUAUCAAACAGUUUGGACAGACUCCCUGACGACGUGCAAUCAAUGUACCUCUCCAUAAUGAACAGGAUUGAUUCCCAACAGGGCGAGUAUCCAUUAUUUGCAAAACGUGCCAUGACGUGGAUUAUGAAUGCUCGUCGUCCAUUAACAAUCGCCGAGCUCCAACAUGCACUUGCUAUCCGGGAGGGGGAGAAUUCGUUCCACGCAAGGGACAUUCCUAUACAAGACAUGUUUAGCACUUCGUCCUGUGGGAUCAUUGAAAUUCUGCCCCGAAGUGAAACUGUGCGCCUCGUCCACCAUACAGCAUACAAGUUUUUGAAUAAUCAUCCUGAGAAGCUGAUCCAAGCACUGCAUACAUUUCUUGGAAAGGCUUGCAUUUCUUACCUUACUGCGUUCCGCUUCACAAUGCUAGACAAGCUGUCAUAUGCGUCCUUUGAAGCUCUUGACGCACCUCUCCUCGACUAUGCGUAUCAGAAUUGGACUUUUCACGUCGGCAAGUGUGAUGCAGAGUCUUACCCCACGGAAAUCCUGGUUGAUUUUGUGCUUCAUACCCCCAAUUAUCCGUUGUUUGACUCUCGCAUUGGUUUCAGUUGGAUCACUCCUGGCCAUGUCAUUGCUUACUAUGGUCUUCGGGUUCCGUUCUGCUGGGAAGACUCGUGCAAUUCUCGCACGACCAAGAGGCAUACUCCUCUCACACUUGCUGCACUAAAUGGGUGCACCACAGUGGUCAAGUCUCUUCUCGAAUCUACUUGUAUUGACGUAAAUGUACAGACAAACAGCGGGGACACUGCGCUCAUUCUCGCGUGUAAGGAAGGCCAUCACUUAAUUGUCAACAUGCUCCUUCUUCACAAAGACAUCAAUCUCAAUUUAUGGAACAAAAGGGGCCUUACAGCGUUAAUGUACUCGUCCAUUCUUAAUCGAAUCAGUAUCAUCCGCACACUUGUUUCGAUGAGGAAAAUUAAUCCGAAUAUCCAGGACGUCAGAGGCACUACUGCUCUCAUGCAUGCAUCACAUAUAGGCAACAUUGACACUGUCCGCGCCCUGCUUGCUUGCUCCAACAUUGAUAUCAAUGCCACCGAUCUGAAUGGACGCACGUCACUUCUAUACGCCUGCUUAAAAGAUUGUACAGAUGUCGCUAGACUCUUACUCCAACAUCCUAGUAUUGAUGUGAACUCUCAAGACGACAACGGACACACUGCACUCCUACUUGCUGCCACCAAGAAUUCUUUACAAAUAUUCGAAAGCCUUCUAGGAGUCCCUGGACUUGAUCCCGACUUGAGGGACAGCAAUGGGCUUACGGCUCUAUCUGUUGCAAUAAUUCGUGGCCACAACAGUAUUGCACAGGCUCUGUUCAUGAUCUCAAAAUUCAGGAUGGAAAUAUCCGGUCGGCAAAGUCUCACUGCCCUUGUCCGUGCUACAGUUGAGGGCUAUGUGCCCAUUAUCGACAUCCUUUUUACAUCAAAAAUCAUCAACCCCAAUGUAUACAUAAUAGGAUCAGAGCAAUUGUACGAGUUAAUUCGCUGUCAACUAAGGUAUUUGGACACUAGGCACGUUGAACACGCUGAGGGAAUGACACCACUUAUGCUUGCUUCAUCGGCAGGUCAGAAAGAGGUUGUCAAACGUCUUUUAACCAUCCCUGGCAUUGACGUCAAUUUGGGUAACAAUCCAGGUUCCACACUGGUCGAAUAUAACAGAGGAAGCAAUGACCAUCCGCCGACUAUGGAUUCCUUCCCUAACGGGAUGGAUCUCAGAAACACAUGUUUUGAAUGCAGUGGACUCACAGCGCUUAUGUUUGCCGCAAGUCAUGGUCACGUUGAUGUUCUCCAGAGUCUUUUAGCUGCCCCAGACAUUAAUGUCAAUGGUCGGGAUUCUUACAAAGCAAUGGCUCUCAUGGUCACUGCCCCGCAGUGGACGUCCUUCUUUGUUUUCCACAGGUGGAUGUAA